AUGACCUUUGCAAGGAAAGACAGCAAAGGCAGCGAGGGCACAUAUCAGGUGGCGCUCGGAGCAACACAGAGUGAAGAAAGCUCCAGCGGUGACAGGAAGAGAACUCCCGCGUCUGCGGCGGGAGGUGAACCGAUGAACCAGACAAAGGUCACCGGGGAGGAUGAAACCACAGAAAAGACAGCGGAAGCAGUGGGAGCAUCCCAAUUGGAUGCUACCAUCAGCGGAAUCAAUGAGCAGGAUAAAAAUGCGAACCCGGCUCAGAUGGAAGUUGAAAAGACAAAGGUCACCGAAGAGGAACUUGCUGAACUGGGAUUGGAUGACCCUUCAUUGAAUGACAAAACGGCAGACGAUGACCUUUGGGCAACUCCAAUGGUCUCAGACGAAUCCAAUGAAUCGUAUUUCACGGAUGAUGAAACAACGAUGAAUAUGUCCUUCCAGUCCGCGAUGAGACAAGCCGACUGUGCUGAAGGGAUGAAACCUUUCAAGGAAAUACCUGAACACCUCAUCGAGCGGAUACAGACUGGAAAGGUCAUAAACGUACGGCCACCUUCACCGACCAGUCCUACGGUGACACUGAGGAGACGUGUUCAAGAUUUAGAAGGCGAACUCGGUGCUAAAGAAGACCAGAUGACCAAAAGAAAGCAGGAAUACCAAGAGAGACUAGUAUCACUCGAGACCCGCUUAUUUGAGAUGGAACAACAACGGGGUUAUCUGGAGAGCGCGGCAGAGGAAUGGAAAGUGAAAUAUGAAAAACAAAGGGAAAUGGCAGAAGAAUAUUUGAAAAUGGUCACUGAAGCGGAAGCUAAAAGAGACGAAUAUGCGAAUAAACUGGCGGAGGCUACCCAGCGACUGUUAACAAACACCACUGAAGUGUUCAAGCUCAGGACUGACCUGAAGCUUCGAGACGAGAAUAUUGGAACCCUCCAGAAAGAAUCACAGGAGCAUCAGAGAAGAGCCGAUGACGCCGUUAAAGUGGCUAAAGAUCUGAGAGACCUCACAGCUACCGAAGGCGCACGGCUGAGCAACGAAAUUAAACAGGUGAAGGAAGAGAACCAGAUGUUGAAAGAAGAUAACAGAAAGGUCACCGCAGAGAACAUUGAAUUGAAAGAAGCCGCUAAGAUAAUCGCCGAACAAGGCAUGAGGUGGGAGCACGAGGCACACCUCCUAGACACAAAGGUCACAGCGCUUGAACUGAAAGACAAAGAAUGGCAACAGAUUGUCCACCAGAAGACACAAGAAAUCAUCAAACUCAACGCCGAGUUGAUCGAUAUGACCCAAACGGAGAAAACGUUCCAAUUACACCAGCACAUGAUGAAGGUCAAGGAAGAGAACCAGAACUUGAAAACCGAGAAGGAAGAAUUCCAGCUGAAAGUCAGACGCCUCGAAGAUGAGAAUAAGGCGCUCAACAUGUCCAAUAAGCAUAAAGAUGAACAGCUCCUGCAAUAUGGAGUUCGGACGGCAACGGUGGAGUCACCACCGCCCAGUUACAGUGCGGUCGAAGAAAACGCAUGGAUCCGCAUUAAAGUGGGCACAAAUGAUGACCACCUGGCAUACACAUACUCAGUGGACGGGAAAUUGCUGACGAAAGAGAGAAUUCGGCCGAAACCGACAGCAGACCCAGACCCGAAUAAACGAACAUUAGACGAUUACGAGUCGACCCUGAAAUAUACCGAUGGAACGUGCAGAAAAGUGACACUGACACUCCACUUCGGCGAUGGAACAACGGAUUGCUUAACCGCAGUAAUUGUCGACCCGAUCACAGGAGAUCCGAUUCCAUACGCCCCAUGGGAUAUGUCAGAAGAGAGCGCCGAGCACGCCAAUCGGACAGCACUAGAACAGCUGGGGAACUUGAUACCAGUAAGUGAACGUCAGGAUCCUUUAGUUCAAGCGAACACGCUGAUCAGCAUGAUGCGACAUGGAGCGGAGAUAGACGAAGCUCAUUUCCGACUCACAAGAAAAAUGGAAAACGGAGCGUACAAGACGGUGUUCUAUGACGCGAAGAAUAACCCUCUGUGGGAGAUCGUCACACAGGCACCGGCUAAAGAAACACCACAUUUGGAAAUCCAGGCCCAAGACCCGGCACAAGAAAGUGGAGCCGGAGAGAUGGCAGAGGCCUCCGUAGCCGAAGCGGCAUCAACGGAGAGUACCCGGCGACCAUCGAAACAGGAUGAUUCAGAAGAGGAGGAAGCUGGUGACGAUUCGGCAGAAGAACCGGCCGAUGAAGAUAAGGAACUGGAUGAGGAAGAUAAUCAGCCUCCAAAAGUGGUCAUUAAACCGAGGAAAACGGCUAAAUUGGAUGAAGCUAUGAACCGUGAGAAGGCCAAGAAAGGUGACUUCCUAAAGAAACGAAAGGAAGAAGAAGAUAAGAAGAGAAAGAGCGGUGAUGAAAGUGAGAGCUCAAGCAUCGGGAAAAAGAAGGAGGAGAGACGGAAGAAAGAUAAACCGCCGUCCCACGAUGUCGAAAUACUGGAGGAAUCAGUCGCCGAAGUUGAAGAAAGGUCAUCCACACCUAUAAUCCCAAAGAAAUUUGUCAUCGAAUCGGCUACAUCGAAGUUAAAGGUCACCGAACCUGAGCCGUCAACAUCUAAAGGAAAGGUCAUAGCUGUGAAACAGAUUGUUCCAAUCGUCAUCUCGGCAUCUACUACGAAAGAGCGUAGGGAGAAAGGAACGCGCGAGAAGGCAAAACGAGAGACGUCUCGCGAAUCGGAAGCGUCGGAAGUGAGCUUACCAAGCACCUCAACGGUUAGCACGAGAUCACAUACGGACCCAAAAACGACUCGAUCGAGAACUACAGAACCGAGAAGCCUAGCGGAGGCUCUGGAAAGAGGGAAAAAAGCAAAGAGCGAACCCACAAAGCCGAAAAAGAAAGGAAAAGAGGCCAGGAAAAUCGAUGCAUUGGCGAUGGCUAAUUACACCGAACCGGAUGGAGAAAGUGAACUUGAUUAUUCAGGAGAUGAAGCAGAAUUUGAAGAUCCAGACAGUGAUAAUAUGACCACGAUUGACGAAAUUAUUGAUGCGUUCAACGGAGCUGAGAAGAACUUUACACGAAUAAGAACCACAUCAGUAACGUCGAAAUUCAGAACGGGCUUAAAGAAAUAUCUGAGGAAGGAAAUGCACCGUAGUUUUACCAAACAGAAGUUCGACGUGGUAUUGGAAUACGCUCGGAAUGCGGGAAAACUUCUCCAGAAACACCCGAAUUUCGCGUAUAAGGCUAAGUUAUUCAGACCGUCCAGUUCGGAUAAGGCGCUGACGACUCCAAAUGAAGAUACCUCAAUGCGAGUAGAAAGGGCAAUCGCGGAAAUGACAAGCCCGAUGGGGUCAACGAGUCACCGGAUCAGCCAAUACAUCAACGCUGUUUGGAAUGACGGAAAAGGAUUGAUAAAGGAAAUCGACACAGCCACUGAACGCGCGUUGCCAAGGAUGAUAAAACAGAAUAUCCUUUCCACAACGAACGCACAUAAAGGAUAUCCGAUCCGAUACACGAGAGUGGGCCUGAUACCGCCGGAAAAACAAGGCCACUGUAAUAUGUCCGACAGUCAGGAGACGGAAAAGGUGCCACUGAGUGGAGACCCGACAACUCCCAUACUGAAUCGGAUCGCACAGUUAACAGCUGAAGAAGAAGCCGCCCAGGCUUCUUCUAAGAAAGCAACGAAAAAGAAAGGACCGAUGGACGUGGAAUCGGAGGAGAGUGAUGACCACACCUCUGCUGUCCUAACGCCUCUGGAACCGGUGACAGAAAAGUCUAAAGGUCAAGAGACACCUGUAACUGCGACGGAAGAAACUCAACCGAAAGGUCACGGGACUUCAGAAAAAGGGGAGAAAGAAAAGGUCAUGCUCCCAAUGGACAAGGCAGCGACAGAAGCAGAAGCUGCAUCUGCGCGACAGGUGUACCAGAAAUCAUUGUUCGCACCAUUGAAGGAGGCUUUUGAGAAAGAGCGGUCGAAGUCAGCAGGUGAAGUGGGAGGUCACGAGACUUUGCCACAGAAAGAGAAAACCGAUGAACCGAAAUCCGCUCAGUCAUCAUCUAGUUCGUUGGCAAAACUGAGGAUCGAUGAAACGGAGACAACUGACCCAACGGACUCGGCACUAUCCCCCCAGAAAACGGAGACUAGCGGUAUAAAAACAAAAGAGCCGACAAAUUACACGCUAGGCGCACCGUUGGAUGUAACUAACCGGACAUGGAGCGAAGUUCAAGCGGCGCUUCAGUACAUCAGAGAAGGCCAAAUGCUCGGCCCAGACUUGAAGAGACGAGUCGCUGAAAAUUCGAACGGGAGGUCAUCACUCAGUAUGACCGAGCGAGUCCUGAAACGAGCAUAUAAGGAAGGGAAACUGGGAUGUAAAUACGACAAAGACAACAAGAUCAUCUACUACCUUCCGAAACAGGGCCAGGAUCGCACGCCCAGACUGAAAAUGGAGCUAGACGUCUGGAAGAUAGCCAUCACAGAUGUGGCUUUAGACGCCAUUGGCGGUACCAAUGGAGCGUCAUGGAAUGACCUUUCGAACUUCAUGGCCGUCCAUUAUGAAUUGGGAGAACUGAAUAUUGAGAACGAUAAAGAAUGGAUUAAGAAUGCCGUUGAAGCGUUGAUCGCAGACGAAGUGCUUCAUAUUAACCAGGAUGGCUGA